AUGGGUUCGGUUCUGGUGGUGUUGGUGUUGAUGUUGGGGGCGGUGGUGGUGGUGACGCCCUGCAUGCCGGGCGGCCUCUGCCCGGUGCCCAAAGAUGACCCCGGGGUGGUGAACGCGAUCCGGGUAGCGGAGGAGGACUUCAACAGCAAAUCCAGCGACUUGUUUCAUACCGCGGUGUCGAAUGUGAUAUCGGCUCAAAAACAGGUGGUGGCGGGGUUCCUGUACUAUCUCACCCUGGAGCUGAAAACUACCGUCUGCAGGAAGAGUUCUGUUUCCCGGAACUGUCCCUUCCACGAGGAUCCUCAAUAUGCCAAGACAAUGACCUGUAAAUUUCAAGUCUUGGAGCAACCGUGGGUGGGGCCCACGCAGGUGACUGAAUCUUCUUGCUCCAGGACGGCCAAGUGA